AUGGUCUCUUUAAUGGGACCUCCUGCUCAGUUUCUGAGAAGAAGUCAAAAAUCUAAUGAGUACUGGGAUAGCCAAGAACAAUCGUUGGAGAUGAGGGAGUUGCGAUUCUCUGGCGAAGAUAGGGGACUUUAUCUAGGUUUUCUAAGACGAGUACUGCGCUGGCUUCCUGAGGAAAGGCCUACUGCAGAAGAGCUUGCAUAUGACGACUUUCUAAUGCAGGAGAUUUUAAGCGCUAGGAGCUUGGUGCAAUUGGUACACAAAAGCUUUGAGUCCUCCAAGUAG